AUGAAUAACCAUCACUCUGAUCAUUGUCAGCAGAAUCUUGCCUCUUCUUCUCCUCACAACCUUCUAAAGAAGCUCAUGAAUAGAAAUAACACAAAAGUUAAGAAGAAUCCUAAUUUGAAUUUAUCCCAAGAAGAUAACAGAACCGAUACUUGCAGUCCGUCUUCAAAGUUAAGUCAGACUAAAAAUGAGGUCGACUAUAGUUUCUUCUGUGAAGAUUCCAUCCCUCACAAUUUAUUUGGAAGUUUUAUAGUAACACCUUCAGAAUUGAUUGAUCCUUUUAAUAGUCAACCAGACUCCCGAGUUUAUUCCUAUUGUUCUUUUACUUCAAAGAAGGCUUCUCAACAGAAAGAGAGGCCUGACAUUCAAAGAAGAAAGAUGCUCAGAAGUAUGAAGAGGUUCUAUUAUGAACUUUUCAAAUACCUCAACAACAAGUUUUUCUAUUUGAGACUCAAAAGGGUUGUUUACUCAACUGUGAUCAAGGCGCUGGAGAACUUAUGAGCAGUAUAUAUCAGUAAGACUCAUGCAGAACAAAUGGCCCAGUUCAUGUUUAAAUUCCUCAACAUUAAAUGAGCUUCUUGAACUUCUGCUCAGUCUGAAGCUUUUAAAAGUGGAAAGAAAGUCUACAACUGCACUUACAACUACAGCAUCAGCAAGUUCGAUUCUUUGUUUGAGUCAGAGCAUUUCAGGAUACUCUUAUUAUCGUAUUCUGGACUGCAGCAGUCUAGCCCUCUUUGACUGCAAGAAAUGAAGUCUAAGCAACAAUGGCCGAACAGAUUUGAUACUCACGACGGAAGCUAUCUCAGACUCAUCUAUAAGCACCUUCGCAAAGGAAGAAUGGAGAAAUCGGAUGCAUGUCUAAAGGAAUCUGUCAAGAGGUGUCAAUAUUAUUAA